AUCCGCCGCCCAACCUUUUCCUCUAGCUCGAUCUCUGUCCCUCUCUUCAUCGCGGUACCAGUACCACCAUUAUGGAGAUCGCAUCGUGACCUAUGGCUUGACGGGGCAAUGAGAGAACUCAGGGAAGGCCGCUCAUAUAAAAGUGUUGAUGAGCGGGGAUGUACAAAGAAACCGCUAUUUCUCCUCCAAAGAGAGGUCAAAGCUUUGGUUACGGUGAUGGAAGCGGGAUCAAGAGCACGGAGCUGGGCGGUGCUAGUUGUCACCAUGGGAACGUCCAAACACAGCAAUAUAAUGAGCAUGGAAGAACGAGAAGGGACAAAGGUGCACUAGCUUUUCAUCCAGAUUCAGUCACAUGUGCGAGGCUUGUUAAGGCAAGUCGUUAAUAGCCGUAUCAGUCGAAGCUCAAUAGCAAUAUGAGUUAUCAACCAAUUGAACUUAUGAGGCCUUAGUAAGGGAAUGAGCGAGAACCAGAUCAGUAGCAGCAAGCUAGAGGAGCAGUUAGAGAGCAGCGAGUUCGAGAGGAAAAGUUCGAGGGCAGCCAGCUAGAGAAGGGCAGUGUAAGCGUCACGGAGGAUGCCUAGUUAAGAUUUUCAGUUGCAGCAACGACAGAGACUACCUAGUUAUUUGCAUUUUAUGAUUAUGAGUAUAGCCUAGAGAUCAGAUUGAGAUUUUAAAGUUUGAGUUUAAUUUGCCCACAUGUUAGGGCUUUGAUUUGAG